AUGUUGGGCCAGGCCGCACACAUGCCCAGCAUUCACCCACCCAGAGGCCCACAGCCCACAGCCCGAACUAGUAGGCCAACUCGAGGUUUCUCCUCUCGUGGCACGCACGCAGACCAACGGAAUCGGGCGACGAGGGUUUCUGCGCUCCAACAUCCCGGCGGCGAGGAAGAGAAGGCGGCGGAGAUGGCGGUGAUGGACACGGCGUUCAAGGUGCUGACGGCGGGGCUGGGCGUCGCGACGCUCUACCUGGCCGGCUCCUUCUCCUUCAACGUCUACCGCGGCCUCGCCUGGCACUCCGAGCAAUCCAAGCUAGAAAAAGAAAAGGAGAAGAAUGAAGAUUGA